UUUUUCCUUACUUUUUUAGGAUGUCAUUGGUCAAGUUUUACCAGAUGCAACGACCACAGCUUUUGAGUAUGAGGAUGAGGAUGGGGAUCGGAUCACGGUCAGGAGCGAUGAGGAGAUGAAGGCCAUGCUGUCCUAUUAUUACUCCACUGUGAUGGAGCAGCAGGUGAAUGGACAGUUGAUAGAGCCUCUCCAGAUCUACCCACGAGCCUGCAAACCUCCCGGGAAACGGAACAUACAUGGCCUCAAGGUGAACACGCGCGCGGGGGCCGCCAACAGCGGCGCCUCGGCCGCCUCCGAGGCCCUCCCCAGCAAUAGCUUAAAAAAGUCCUCAGCAGAGCUGAAGAAAAUCCUUGCCAAUGGCCAGAUGAAUGAACAAGACAUUCGAUACCGAGACAUCCUCGGCCACGGCAACGGAGGCACCGUCUACAAGGCUUACCAUGUCCGGAGUGGAAAAAUCCUGGCAGUGAAGGUGAUACCCUUGGAUAUAACCCUGGAGCUCCAGAAGCAGAUCAUGUCCGAGUUAGAAAUUCUCUACAAGUGCGACUCCUCGUAUAUCAUAGGAUUUUAUGGUGCUUUUUUUGUAGAAAACAGGAUUUCAUUGUGCACAGAGUUCAUGGAUGGGGGAUCUCUGGAUGUUUACAGGAAAAUUCCAGAACACGUUCUCGGGAGGAUAGCAGUGGCUGUUGUGAAAGGCCUGACCUAUUUAUGGAGCCUGAAGAUUUUACACAGAGAUGUGAAACCAUCCAAUAUGUUGGUGAACACCCGUGGCCAGGUGAAGCUCUGUGACUUUGGGGUCAGCACCCAGCUGGUGAAUUCCAUAGCCAAGACGUAUGUCGGAACAAAUGCUUAUAUGGCGCCUGAGAGGAUUUCAGGAGAGCAGUACGGGAUUCACUCGGAUGUUUGGAGCCUGGGGAUUUCCUUCAUGGAGCUUGCUCUUGGGAGGUUUCCAUAUCCUCAGAUUCAGAAAAACCAGGGAUCUUUAAUGCCUCUCCAGUUACUGCAGUGCAUUGUUGAUGAGGAAUCGCCGGUGCUUCCAGCAGGAGAAUUCUCGGAGCCAUUUGUGCACUUCAUCACUCAAUGCAUGAAGAAGCAACCAAAGGAGAGGCCGGCACCUGAAGAUUUAAUGGGCCACCCCUUCGUGGUGCAGUACAACGAUGGCAAUGCCGAGGUUGUGUCCAUGUGGGUGUGCAGGAUGCUGGAGGAGCGGCGAUCCCAGGGACCGCAGUGAGCUCUGCAGCAUCCCAGGAGCUCCUCCCCGACCUGGAUCAUCACCACCCUUGGACUCUGACUUUAUCCAGAUCGUAUUUUACUCCAUUUCCUAGAAGCAUCGACAAAACCAGGAUUAUUUGUUGGCUGCCUUUUCCUCACCGCCGCAUUAAGGGGUUUUCUUGAUUGUUUCUUCUGUUGCUGAGCAGUUUCCAGGUUAUCUCCAGUUAUACUGUACACAGCCUUAAAGCAAGUAUUUUAUAUCUCUA